AUGCAAAACUUUGCCAAUGGUACAUGUAUGGUAUCAAGUCCGUGGGUUGACUCCGUAAGCUGUGCCGAAUACAAUCAGAAUUUGCAACUAUCCUGGUCGGAUUGUACUGCGAGCACGGCAGGAUACACGAAGCUUCUCUUCUAUUCGGAUGUUGCAGACUCGUUUUCAAACUGGGAUGCUGUCUAUCACGAUGAAACGUUGACCUGUGAAGACAGGAAAGAGUCGAGAGGAAAGGUGGCAUGGGGAAUGAUCAGCCAGAGUGAAAUCACAGUCUCGAAGUCAGGGGUUCCUCACAUAUGGUAUGUGGUGAUCGCAAACUGUCAGGGAUCUCUCAAUCCGAACACUCCCAACAUCGAAGCAGGGGUCAACAUCAGCCUGUACAACAAAGGGUGGACUCUCAACUCCGACCUGCAGAUCUCGUGUAGAGGUUCUUGUCAAUUCGGGGUUGACGAGCAGGGCUUGUGGGCGAUAACAUUGAGUUUCCUCAUCCUCUACACCCUUGAGGGACUGCUCUUCGUCUGCAUUGCCCGUCAUUUCAUGCAAAAGAGACUCAUGCACGAGCUUCACUGGUUCCUCUUCUUCGCCUUCUUCGCUUACUGGCUUGCGAGUGACUUGGAGUUUGCCUACUAUGAUGGAUAUCAGAAGAGCGGUGUAGGAAAUGAUACGCUUAGCAUUUUUGCGAGGAGCUUGGAGAUGAUGGGUUUCAUCAUCUUCAUAAAUGUGCUGAUAGUGAUCGCACGUGGGUGGCCCAUCACGACGACCAAGUUGUCAAGGAAGAGUGAGAACGUGUUCUUGACUAUGAUCAUCAUCCUCGUCUACGUGGCCCUCUACUUCGCCGACAUGCUGAGGGCUCCAGGAGACAAUUCUUAUCUUUACAGCAACUGGGCAGGAUACAUGUUCAUUGCUAUGAACCUCGUCCUUCUCAUCCUCUUCCUCAACCUCAUCCGCAGGACAUAUAUUUUCGAGAAGCGACUCGUCAAGCGGCUCUUUUACCGGCGUUUUGCCUUCAUCUUCUCGUUAUGGUUCAUCCAGCUGCCGAUAUUUGUCGGCAUUGCGUCAAGUCUGUCUGUCUGGAACCAGGCCAAGGUCAUGUACGCGAUACAGCGAGGCAUUCAGCUCCUCGCCUUCUGUCUCAUCCCCCUCAUUCAAAAUCCUUCAAACGCCUACGAGAUCUACUCUGUCGUCAACAACUACGAUGCUCGCAUCCCCUCCGUUGCCCGACAGCUGCGGGUGCAGCCCAUGGGUGCCGUGAGCUCAGCGGGACUGCCUCCGGUGAACCCCAACAUGCGAGUCAACCUCGAGGAGGAGGAGAGGAUGUCGUACAAACACAAAGGAGGUGAAGGGAACGGGGCAGGCGUGGGGAACGGGGCAGGAGUAGGCGCUGGGUAUGGAGAUGAUUCGGAGGAGGAGGAGGAGAACGGGAGAGAGGACAGAGAGAAGCAUUAAUAUAGGGAAUGAAUGAAUAGAAUUAUUUU